UGCAAAAUCGCAAACACCAUGUUUACGGAGCCAAUUUCUGUGCCGUCCGACGCAGCCAAUGCGUUACGCUGUCAAAAUCAGCCGCUCGCGCAAAAAUAAACAAUCAGAAAAUAGCGAACAUAACCAUUUCGUCGGUGUUUGUUUUUGCUGCACCGCAGUCAUUUUCUUUUUGUCUGAAAAUCGGGAGUGUGAUUUGUAUCCGGCCGAGCCAAGCCCCGUCGGCGAUCUGAUGCCCAAUCCGGCCCGUCGCAAGAAGAAGAUUGUCUCACGAAAUCGGUCGUGGAUGAUAAGAAAGCUGCAGCUGUCGCCGAUCGGCGAUAACACGAUUUCCGGCAUCGAAAAGUCAAAAUAAUCCAGACCGACGAAGCAGAUUACGGUCAUGCUGCCGAGCAUCAUCUUUCCAGAGACUGAGCCAGCUCAAGAAGCUGGAAUGACGAUGACGUGUAGGAGCUGCCGGAAGCUGUAAGGAAUCCUCCAAGGCGGAAGUUUUUUCGCGGAAAGUGCUCCAUUCUCUUCAGCCUGGCCUAGCUUCCUGUUCCUCCUCCAUCUGUGUGAUUUUGGCCGCGCAACCUCGAAUAAAAUUCGACUUGUUUUGUGCGUUUGCGCCCCCUGAGCGCUCGGCCAAAUGCCGAACUACAACCUUCUCAAACAGCUCUCCACAAGCCGGAUGGAUUUUGGAAAGAACAACGUCCUGUGAAUUACUACUGCCGCGAUGAUUUCCACCAGGAGGAGGCCAAAACAAGCAUCGGCUGGUGCCGGAGCCAAAAACACACGACGACCAGCACCGGGACGACCAGAGCGAAAAACAUUCAGAAUACGGGAGUAGGAACGGACUUUAGGCAAACACAAAAACCUGCUGAACCUUGGAUACAGAUGCCUCGAAGAUCAACAAACGACUCGCAAGUCAAACAGAUGACUCACGUCGGAGAUUGUGAACUGCGGGACAGAAACGCGUCGAGCACGUCAAGGGCAGGAACCCAAAAAGAUGAACCAUUGGCUCCAACAUGGAACGGAUUGUCCAGUGAUGGCGAGAUUGCGUGCUUCGGUAUGUCCAAGUUCCAAUAAGUGACCGCUAAAUCCAUGCGUGUGUUUCACGAAACCGGUGGAGAGAUACCUAUCACGUCAACCUCCCUUAGCGAUUGCAGCGUGAGUUCAGCAAACGUCUUAACAAGUCUGACUGCUGGCGUAGAUUCUGUCCCGCCAGCAGGGCGUACAAAAGGAGGGAACCCGUUCAAGGUGGAUGGUCUUCUCUGGGAGGCCGCUCCGCUCAAGUCGAUCCUCGAGGUGGAGGUCGCAUUUGGAAUCGCGAUGGUGGCGCUCUGCUUGGGCAUCAUGUGGCGCCAGAUGCUCCAGAGUUAAUCGAGCUCCGUCUGCACCAGGACCUUUCCCGAAGGCACAAAGAGGAAAAAAAUAACCUCUAAAACAAGGAGAACUUCCAGCGGUACGUGAAUCCGUUUAGGGGAAACGCGAAGCGCUUCGCGAUGCCAUGGAACCGAGUCUUUAUCCGGCCCCAGAAAUCAACAUGAUCGCCGGCCCGAGCACGCUGCACCGUUCUCAGCAGCUCCUCUAUCCGGGUGGCCAUGCCGCCGACGUCACCGAGUACAUGAAGGAUCUGGACAAGGCGGAUGCUGUCGACCGAAAUUCACACACCCUGCUGCACGAAACGCAAACCGCCGACGUCAUCUUCAUCUCGAAGAGCAAGAGGAGCAUCAAAGAAUGUACGGCGGCCACGCCUCCUUCUCCUACUGCUAGCACCGAACACACGUCACGGGAAGCAAUGUACUAACGGCGGCAACGGGGCCCAGCAAUUCCCAGCUGCAUCACGGACAUCGAAGCCGGUUUGUCUGCCAGAUCAGGAGAAUAGGCUCGUUCGAACCGCCACCGCUUGGUCCGUGUUUUUGACAAAGCUUUCAAAAGCAACACACAACUCGAUAGAUCUAGAACUCCGUAGUAAACCACUUGCGCAAAUUGUUUGGUUUGUUUUUGAAAUAAAAUAAAGAAAU